AUAUUGACGACGGGAAUGAGGAAGAAGGGGAGGUAAACAGUCUGAGCAGUAAUGGUGGAAGCAACAAAGUGAACGCGGAUUCAGUUGCCUUUGGGGCCCCAACGGCCCCAUCAGGAACCACUGCAUCUUCCACCUCUGCUUCAAGUGCAAAGCCACCGACGACGACGACGACGACGGUGAAGCCGACAACAGCCAAUACGACUGAUGACGCGGACAAGCACGUUUGCCGUACUGACAAAUGCAUCGACGCCAGCCGUUAUCUGCUGAAUUCACUUGACCUAGACGCCUCUCCCUGCGAUGAUUUCUACAAAUUCGCUUGCGGCUCGUACCUGAAGGACCAUCCCAUUCCAUUGCGCGUCAAAUCGUGGAGCCACUUUGUAAAGGUCUUCUACGAGAUUCGUGACAAGAUCAAGGAGAAACUAAACAAGAAUAAGAAAGAAUUCCAGGCAGACACUAACAAUAGCAUGGUGUUCAGUAAACUGCACGAUUUCUUUCAUGGUUGUCUCGAUAAGGAUCAACGGAACACCACUGGAUAUGGGUCGCUCUUCAGCCUUAUCAAAGACAUGGGCGGCUGGCCAAUGGUGGAGCGAAACUGGAGCGAGGCAUCCUUUCACUGGGAGAAAGCCUACGUGCAGAUGACCAAGCUGGACAUGUUCUACAUUCUCCGCAUUGAGGCGGUGACUGACCUGAAAAACCCAAACCGGACGCUGAUCAAGAUUGGCCCACCGUACAAGAUCAAGGAGAACAUUGUCGAGUUUGGCGGAUACAACAAGGUUCCCUUCAUGAGCGACAAGUACAAGUACACCUUUGUCGGCAGACGAUCACAGGCAAAGGCUGAAGAAGUGCAAGCUGAUUCGGAUGGAAUUGCACCAACUCAAUCGCCGAAGAAAAUCAAACUUGAUCCGAACCUUGAAAAAAAGUACCUGGCCAUCAUCAAGGAGCUAAAGGAUCACUCUGGUUUUCCAGCCUCUAACACUGAUCAGGCGUACUGGGUCGAACAGUUGGAGGCAAUCUCCACGUUGCAAGCUCAACUGGAAGAUAGCGCUCAGCCGAUUGUGCCCAUGGAGGAGUACCAGGACGGCUACGAAAAGUACCUCUUCAACUUUACCCACUUGAAGGAGAUACUUCACGGUGGUGGCUUCAAUCUGACGCUGGUAAUCGAGGACAUGUUCACCAAGGAGAUUGCCAUGAGAAACGACCAGGAGUUUUUUGUGCCGGACAUUGAGUACCUGAAGAAGGCCGCCGGUUUCAUGGCAAAAACAAAAAGGGCCGUCAUAGCGAACUACCUGAUCACCAAUAUGGUCAUGGCGGCGGCCAGUCACACCACUCCAAAGAUGGUCAGUCUGCUGGUGACCGAGUCGAUGACCGACCCUGAGGUGAUGGGCAAUAUCUGCUACGAGGAGACCUCCCGCUACCUGCCAGAGCUGAUGGGCAAGUUUUACCUGGACAAAGUGGCAAAACUGACCGGUGACUGGCGCCAAGAGCUGGACAGCAUCAUCGCCGCCCUGAGGGACGCCUUCAAGACCACACUGACGAAGAGCGAGUGGAUGGACAAGGACACCAUUGCAAUGGCGUUGAAGAAACUGGAGCACAUGUCAAUGCACAUUGGCUCACCGGACUGGUACUCCGUUAACGCGGAGUUUGAGAAGUACAGUCAUGAGGUAUUUGUGGAAGUCUAA